CCAUGACGAAUAAGUAUUUUCAUGUAAUUACAUAUAGACUGGAUCAUUUAAAGCACAUUAAAGGCUGAUGGACCAUGGAAGAUGGGCCUCGGCUCUCUUGCAAGCUCAUGUCUUUGUGCGGAAACGGCUUUGCACACACAGUUUUUCUGUCUCCUUGUUUCUGGAUGAGCUAGCAAAUGUACCACAGGUCACUGGAUGGCUUUUUUGUAAGGUUCGCCUGCUUGACGGCAGCUUUGUGGAGGAGACAGAGAGUUGUGAGGUAUUUCGCAACACUGUGCAAUGGAGGAAGGAGUUUGUGUUUGAAUGUGGAGCUACUGUCAAUGGAUCAACAGGAGUUCUCAGCAACUCCAUAUGUAGAGUUUCAGUCCGUGAGGACCGAAAAGGUGGAAGAUCUUACAAGAAGGUUGGCUAUAUAGACUUAAAUCUCGUUGAGUUUAUCGGCUCUGGCUAUGUGACUCGCCACUGCCUCCUGGAGGGAUACAUGGGCAAGCACAGCAAAUUAGACAACUCACUUCUGAAGGUUAGAUUGCAGGUGCAACUUCUUCAGGGAGAUCCGUGUUUUAGGACGCCUGUACAAGCAACAGACCCCACAUCCACCAUGGCCACAGUGAGCGGGACAUCCGCAUCUCCACUAGAAUGUCCGUCCAAGCCAGUUCCAGUUAAAAUACUGAGAGAUCUGACAGAGACCAGUAGCAGGUCAAUGGAGAAGGUCUUGGGUCAGAACCUAGAAGAGCAGGAGAGGGCGCUGGUAGCAGAGCACCUCACUCGUUUGGACCACACCCGUGUGGACGCCUGGGAUGUGGUGGAGAACUUGUGCCUUGAGCAGCUUGGGUCUCAGUUGGAACUCUCCACACCUAUGGAGGAUGCAGGACUAGCUCUUUAUGUCAGCGAGGAUGGCUCUACAGCUCUGGGGGUUUCUCAUCAAGAGAACAGGGACUCAGAGAAUGGAAUGGAUAACGUCAUCAUUAUGAAAUAAAAGUCUUUCACUCCAGUUAUUUUUGUGAGGUGCGUUUCUGGUGCGAGCCUGACC